GUUCUACCUCUGAGAUGACUCCCCCCCGCGUCCAGUGAAGAAGACCAGGAAGCAGCUCCUGCAGCACCCUCUUCAUAUUAUAUUCAUUUAUUGGCUUCUUGUCUUUUAUCAUCAUUUAAAUCUCACGCGGGACACCGACCGACUGCGGGCCGAUUCAAUGGAAAAUAACGCCGCAAAUUCGGAGAAGUCUCAACUGAUGCACGAGAAGAGUGCGAGAAUGUAUUCUCUCAAACUGCAAAGCUCCUCUCCAGACCCCAAAGAUCAAUACCCCGACUUCCCCUUUAAGAACGGGGGCGUGGCCGUGGAGCUGAGGAGGCCCGUGGGCGCCCACUGCCACGGGGCCGCGGCGCCGGCCCGGGACGAGGGCGCCGUCCGGCAGCUGGCCAGGAAGAAACUCUACAUCGCCUCGGCCGUGUGCCUGGUCUUCAUGGUGGGAGAGGUCAUAGGAGGCUACCUGGCGCACAGCCUGGCCAUCAUGACCGACGCCGCCCACCUGCUGACGGACUUCGGCAGCAUGAUGGUGAGCCUGUUCUCCCUGUGGAUCUCCUCCAGACCGCCCACCAAAACCAUGAACUUCGGUUGGCACCGAUCAGAGAUCCUCGGGGCGUUCGUCUCAGUCAUCUCCAUCUGGGUCGUCACGGGGGCUCUGGUGUAUUUGGCCGUCGAGAGGAUCGUACGCGGCGACUACGAGAUCGACGGCCACGUGAUGCUCAUCACCUCGUGCUGCGCCGUCGUGGUCAACAUAAUCAUGGCCUACAUCCUCCAUCACUCCACCACCUUCCACGCCCACGGCACCGGCUACCAGCAGAUCGACGAGGGCGGCCGGAGCCCCGUCGCCCACGGCCACUCCCACGCGCUCCCCGGCGGCCACGGCAACACCAGCGUGCGCGCCGCCUUCAUCCACGUGGUCGGCGACCUGCUGCAGAGCGUCGGCGUCAUGGUGGCGGCGAUCAUCAUCUACUUUCGGCCCGAGUACAAAGUGGCGGAUCCCAUCUGCACCUUCCUGUUCUCCGUCUUCGUCCUCUGCACCACCGUCACCAUCCUCAGAGACGUCUUCAGGAUACUCAUGGAAGGUUCCCCUAAAGGAGUGGAGUUCAACUCGGUGAAGGAGGUGCUGCUGUCCGUGAAAGCCGUGAAGUCCAUGCACUCCCUGCACCUGUGGGCCCUGACCCUGGGCCAGGCGCUGGUGUCCGUGCACGUGGCCAUAGAGGAGGGCGCCGACGCUCAGUCGGUGCUGCAGGAGGCCACCGACCUGCUGCACACCAAGUUCGGCUUCCACAGCAUCACCAUCCAGGUGGAGCUCUACUCCGAGGACAUGAGCCACUGCUCCCACUGCCAGGACCCCAGGGACUGAUGCCAG